AGGUGAGAUAUUAUGAGGGGUUGGAUCAAGUGGUAAGCGGUUUGUUUCAGUUUAAACAAAAUCUCGAGUUCGAGAUUUUGUGUACGCAACAGCUCUCGUUGGGAGACUCACUAACCAUUUUCAGGUGCGCGACGUGGGUCGAGUCUGGAGUAGUCGGGUGAAGCCCCAGAUACCGGACAGAAAACAAAAAAAAGAAAAAUAGUGAGGUGAGAUGAAAGAUAAUAAAUGUUACGUGUGCAAUUAGAAUUAAUAAAAAAGAAAAAAAGAAAAAAAUAGGCAAAGGUCCCCAAAGGUCUUCCCUGCAAAGACUAAACAAAGUCAGAACGGCAUGCACUUUCUGCAUCAAGACACUGCAGAGAUGCCAAAUCGAAGCAGGAAAGAUAAUGCUCAACUAAAUUAAUUCCCCAAAUUAGUAGAGUGGUUAGAGCAGUUGAAGAAAGAACCUCUCCCCUCUUUCCUCUUUCCUUCACAUUACAUUUUUUUUUACCUUCUUUUAUAUCGCCGCCAUGAUCUCCUCUGAACACCCUGAAUCUCACCCAACCCCUAAUUUCUCUUCCCAAAAUGAGAGAAUCCAAGCCGUGGCGACCGUUCACCUCGAACUGUUGCUCCACCGAAGACCAAACGAUUUUCCGCAAUUUCAGUCGCUGUAGGCCGUCGCGAUCGGAAUUCUCUAAGAAUAUCGCGCCGUUGCCUUCGUUUCGCAGGCUAUCGUUCUCGGAUCUCAGCCGUUCGUCGUCUACGCGGAUCAACGAGGAUCUCGCGCAGACGUUGGGGCCGGAUUUGUAUGAUUUUCAGUUGAGCGAGCUCCGCGCGAGUACUCAGAAUUUUUCCAGCAAUUUUCUGUUGGGAGAAGGCGGAUUCGGGACGGUGCAUAAAGGUUAUGUGGAUGAGAAUUUGAGGAACGGGUUGAAGGCUCAAGCUGUUGCUGCAGAAGUCAUAUUUCUGGGACAACUCAGGCACCCAAAUUUAGUUAAAUUGAUUGGCUAUUGUUGUGAGGAGGAGCAACGUCUUCUGGUGUAUGAGUUCAUGCCCAGAGGCAGCUUAGAGAAUCAUCUCUUCAAAAGGAUCUCGAUUUCAUUGCCGUGGGGCACUAGGCUAAAGGUCGCCAUUGGAGCAGGUAAAGGACUUGCAUUCUUGCAUGAUGGAGCGGAGAAGCCUGUCAUAUACCGUGACUUCAAGACUUCCAAUAUCCUGCUUGAUUCUGAUUUCACAGCUAAAUUGUCUGAUUUUGGACUAGCUACAAUGGGCCCAGAAGGAUCAAACACACAUGUGACAACCCGCGUUAUGGGUACCUAUGGCUAUGCUGCCCCUGAAUAUGUGUCAACAGGUCACUUGACAACGAAAAGUGAUGUAUAUAGUUUUGGGGUAGUACUUCUAGAACUACUUACGGGGAGGAGAUCAGUGGAUAAAUCAAGACCAAAGGGUGAGCAAAACCUUGUUGAUUGGACAAAACCUUACUUGAGGAGCAGUCGCAGGCUGCGAUACAUCGUGGACCCAAGAUUUUCCGGCCAAUAUUCUGUGAAGGGAGCAAAGGAGAUGGCUCUUCUGGCACUACAAUGCAUAAGCUUGAACCCCAAAGACAGGCCGAGGAUGUCAGCCAUAGUUGAAGUUCUUGAAAGCCUGCAACAGUACAGGGACAUGGCAGUCUCCUGCGGUCACUGGCCACCAUCUACAAAAUCUACAAGGAAUGGAGGUUCUACAAAAGGCAGGGCAGAAAACAAAGGUGGGAUUCAAAAGAAAAACUCUUCAGUAGCACCAAAUCGGAAAGCAUAAGUAUAUAUUAUGAAAUAAGAAAAACUAUAAAGCCUACAAUUAGACAGUAUAUAUGAUGAGCGUGUCUGUUUUCUGUGUAAAUAUGUGGAUGAUAUACAUAAAUAUGGAAUGGAAUAGUGAUGUAACCCUUUCUCUAUCAACAAAAUAAAGUAUCUUAUUCUAA